AUGUCGUCAGCCAGUGAAGAUAUGGCGAAGCGCAAGGCUUCGGAAGAAGCCGAUACCCCGGAUUCCAAGCACAGGAACAAGAAGGCUCGCACAGAAUCGCCAGGCAACGAGACCAAGGACGAUACCGCUGAGAAACUACCGCUCAAAAUCGUUCCGUUCCCAGAGAAGCCCGCCGUCAUCGAAGAGCGAACGGGUGAUAUCGAGUUCCGAGUUGUCAAUAAUGAUGGGGAUAGGGAAAGCUUUAUUAUCUUGACUGGCCUCAAAUGCAUCUUCCAGAAACAGCUGCCAAAGAUGCCGAAAGACUACAUUGCGCGAUUGGUUUACGACAGGACACAUCUUUCAAUUGCUAUUGUUAAACACCCGUUGGAAGUUGUUGGGGGCAUUACCUACCGUCCAUUUAAAGGUCGCAAGUUCGCCGAGAUCGUGUUCUGCGCUAUUUCAUCAGACCAGCAAGUCAAGGGAUACGGCGCGCAUCUGAUGUCUCACUUGAAGGACUAUGUGAAAGCAACUUCCGAUGUCAUGCAUUUUCUUACCUAUGCCGACAACUAUGCCAUUGGCUACUUCAAGAAACAAGGAUUCACGAAAGAAAUCAGCCUUGACAGGGCAAUCUGGAUGGGAUACAUCAAAGAUUAUGAGGGUGGCACCAUUAUGCAAUGCACAAUGCUUCCCAAGAUUCGAUAUUUGGAAUCAGGUCGGAUGAUACUAAAGCAGAAAGAAGCGGUACACGCCAAAAUUCGCGCUUUCAGCAAAUCACAUAUCGUUCACCCACCCCUUAAAGAAUGGAAAAACGGUGUUACGAAGAUCGAUCCGCUCACCAUUCCCGCGAUCAAAGAGUCUGGGUGGUCACCGGAUAUGGACGAGUUAGCACGUCAGCCUCGCCACGGGCCAAACUUCAACCAAUUGCUUCAUCUUCUCAACGAUAUGCAAAACCAUUCCGCUGCCUGGCCGUUUGUUCAACCAGUCAACCGAGACGAAGUUCCCGACUACUACGAGGUCAUCAAAGAGCCCAUGGAUUUGUCUACUAUGGAAGAGAAGCAUGACAAAGACCUAUAUCCCACUCCACAGGAUUUUGUCAGGGAUGCCAUGUUGAUUUUUGAUAAUUGUCGAAAAUACAACAAUGAGACGACGCCUUACGCAAAAAGCGCCAACAAACUGGAGAGAUACAUGUGGCAGCAGAUCAAAGGCAUCCCCGAGUGGUCGCACCUUGCCGAGAACCAUUAG